AGUUGCUCAGAUGCGAUUCACAGGUGAAGUGAGCUCAGGGGCUCAGGUACCAUGAUGUCCUCGGCUGUGGUGUUGAAUCUUCUGCUUCUGGUGUCCAUUGCUUCAGCAGGACACCAUUAUGGAGGCUCAGUGACCUUCAGCCCUAAAGGAACCAAUGCAGAUGGGAGCAUGAGUGUUGAGUUUCGAUUCAAGCGAACCUAUGACUGGUGUAGCUCUAGUUGGUGGUCCUGUGCUUCUGGAGAUUGUGGCUAUGAAUCCAGCAGUCAACAUGGUGAAAUCGAUAGAAGCUCUAACGGCAGAAGUGGUUACACCAACAGCUGGUGCCAAGCAGAAACUGUUGUCACAAGAAACAUCCACGGAAACACACCCUUUGACCUGCAGGACAACUCAUGCUGCUGGGUGCCCACAUUGAAUGGUGUUGAUUCUUGGUUCCUCCAGGCACAUGUAGAUCUAGGCAUAAGAGGUGACACCAAUCAACCCAACCGAUCACCUGUCACCACUACUUUACAACUUCUACGUGUACCCCAGAACUGUCCUCGUACAUAUCGUCUGAUGGCCUAUGACCCAGAUGGUGACCAGGUCAUAUGUAGAUAUGGAGAUCAGCAGCAUGUUGAAUGUGCCACAUGUAACCAGCCAAGUGGUUUCCAUCUAGAUCAACAUGCCUGCACACUAGACUACAACUAUGCCUACACAACAGGCGUCUACGGAUUUGAGCUGAUUGUGGAGGACUUCCCAAGGAAACACACCACUCUGGCCUAUACUGAUGGCUCCAGCUCUUACAGAUGCGCUCUGAGUGGUGGAAGACACCAAACGUCAAUCAGUAUGACACCGUACCCAUCAUGGUAUUACCAAAGUACCACAACUGGUCCAUGGUGGCAACAAACUACAUCUGCUUUACCAUGGUGGGGGUGGUGGCAACAACAGCAACAAUCGACCACCACUCCACCUACAACUACACCCUGGUGGUGGUGGUAUCAGCAACAGCAACAAUCAACCACCACUGCACCUACAUCUCCAUCAUGGUGGGGGUGGUGGCAACAACAGCAACAAUCAACCACUACUCCACCUACAACUACACCGUGGUGGUGGUGGUGGUAUCAUCAACAGCAACAAUCGACCACCACUCCACCUACAACUACACCAUGGGGGUGGUGGUAUCAGCAACAGCAACAAUCGACCACCACUCCACCUACAACUACACCAUGGGGGUGGUGGUAUCAGCAACAGCAACAAUCGACCACAACUCCACCUACAACUACACCGUGGUGGUGGUGGUGGUAUCAUCAACAGCAACAAUCGACCACCACUCCACCUGCAUCUCCAUCAUGGUGGGGGUGGUGGCAACAACAGCAACAAUCGACCACCACUCCACCUACAACUACACCAUGGUGGUGGUGGCAACAUCAACAAACAACCAGUCCUCCACCAAUGGCCCAGUGGUGGUGGUGGCUGCAGACCACGACCACAACCACAACAACACAGCCACCUCAAGAGUACACAACUUCCAUGACUUCACAUCAGCGUUCUUAUGAACCUUUCAGCAAGCUCCCUCUGCAAUUCAGUGUUCUCGUUGAUUCAGCUGCUCCUUCCUGCACUGAGGGAUAUUACAUACCUCUCUUUGUGUCACCAACUCCACACAAUGGAGAUGAAAUCCAAGCUACGCCACUCCGUGAAGUAGAAAUCCGCGUUAAGGCUGCAGCAGCUUAUUCAACGGUUACUGAUGUCAUUAUCAGUGGUCCUCUGAACAUAACUAAGCACGCUUUGAGCACAGGAGAGUACGCCAUCAGAUGGACACCAACAAGGAGCGACCUCGGAGAUCAUUUCCCCGUGUGUUUCAUUGCAGAGAGCAUGAGCGGAAACAGUGUUUAUCAGUCUGAAAUGAGAUGUGUCAUUAUCAACGUUGGACGCCAGACUGUGGAUGCAAAUGUGAUUUGCUCUGCAACCAACAUGGUUGUUGAAAUUGAGCAGUUGCACUCCGUCGGGCUCCACAAGGACUAUCUGCGACUUAACGAUCCCGCCUGCACUUUGGACUCAAACGGCACUCAUGUGGUGGCAAACAUCUCCCUCAAUGCUUGUGGUACCAUGAUUGAGGAGGAUGAAGAGUACAUCAUUUUCAAGAAUGAAAUUUUCUCAACCGAUGACCCAAACAGCAUCAUUACCAGAAAGCACGAGGUGGAGAUUGAGUUCUCCUGUCGUUACGAGAAGAAAAACAACAUUUCACUGGAGUUCACUGCACGAAAACACAUAACCACCAUCACCGAGAAAGGCUUUGGUACCCUCACCUACAGCUUCGGACUUUUCAGAACAGCAAACUUCUACACAGAAAUCGACGUGACUGCAUAUCCGGCAGAGUACGAGCUUGGUGAGAUGAUUUACAUGCAGAUUGAAUCCCAGUCUACAAUCAACAACACAGAGCUUUUCGUCGAAUCAUGUGUUGCGACACCAUACAAUGACCCCAACUACCAAACAUCCUACACAAUCAUCCAAAACGGCUGCAUCUUGGAUGAAACGGUUGAGUUCUACACAAGCCACCAGCCAAUGGUCCGCUUCGGCCUGCAAGCUUUCCAGUUCAUUGGAAUGCAUGAGCAGGUGUUCAUCACCUGUUCGGUGAUUCUGUGUGAGGCAAACAAUCCCAACACCCGCUGCUCUCAGGGCUGCGUCAACAGCACAGUCGCUCCACCGUCCCACCAUCAUCACAAAAGAGAGGCUCCCAUCCAGACCAGCAGUCACUUAGUCGCCCAGGGGCCCCUGCGAUUGAAAAGGAGCAUAGAGCAUGAAGUGUCCUCCACGGUCUUGAACCUGAAUCUGGUUUUCAUUGCUGGAUGUCUCCUUGCAGCCGUUGGCAUGGUGUGUGGGGUUCUCAUCUACAGAACCAGGAGAUCCGACGUCAAAUAUCAGCCUCUUAAGUCAGAUGACAUUUAAUGGAUCAUCUCAGAGACUACAAAAAAUGUGUCCUCUUUGCUCUCUCAGGGAAAAUUCUGGCUUUGAAAGAUUUGUUGAUCUUUUUUUUUCUUUCUUUAAAUAAAAUGUAUUAUAAAAUGUAUUAUAAAAUGUAUUAAAAUCCAUAAAUGGUCUUUAGGGUUAUUUUUCAUAACUGUCACUGUUUUGGUCUAUUAGUGUGUAUCUUUGUAUUGCACUCUUCACACUGCUGAUGAAAAUACAAUCUAUAAAGAGUGUCAGAUUGAUUUAAAAACAGUUCAGAUAAUGCAUAUCCACAAAGACAAUAAAUGAACAUAGCUCCUAUAUUGUUGUUUU